AUGGGGGGAAACAAAUGGCAAAUAGGCCGAAGAAAUCCGAACAGGUUUUUCAUCCAUUUCUUCAUAUAAACACUUGUCCUCCUCCUUCCCCUUUUGCCCAAAAAAGCUCUUCCCCAUUUCCUUUCAAUUCUCUCCGAUUUCUAUUGCUUGUUUCUAUUUGUUUUCGCCACGAACCAACGCCAUUCAAACAUCAACGACCCCCCAGGGCCUUCUCCGAAUUUGGACUGCUUGAGGUUGCCAUUUGGUUGUCUUUUGGUUGCCUUGUUGUUAUCAAAAUAUUGGGAAAAUUGGCGUUGAUAUCAAUUGAAACUGGAGUUGAUAUCAAUCCAUGAUAAGAUCUUGUGAUGGGGUCCUUGAACUUGGAGAGGAAAUGGAUGUUUCCUCUUGUGAUAAGCUCAUUGAUAUGCAUUUUUCUUCUUGUUACCUUCUUCAACAUGGGUCUCGUCUCUUCGCUUUACACGAUCAAUUCGUUUUUCGCUAUCUUUCCCGCUCGAAUGACUAUGAACUACACGAGUGGUGUUUUUGCUGAAACAAAGUUUGUUCAACCUCCACCUCCGGCUGGACCAACCAUCCCUCGUUUCGCUUAUUUGAUUUCCGGGUCGAAAGGCGAUUUGGAAAAGCUAUGGAGAAUUCUUAAAGCAUUAUAUCACCCUUUGAAUCAUUAUGUUGUUCAUUUGGAUCUCGAAUCACCUGUAGAGGAGCGAUUGGAAUUGGCAUUCCGAGUCGGAAACGAAUCGCUUUUUGUUGAAGUUAAUAAUGUUUUCAUGAUCAGCAAAGCCAAUAUGGUUACUUACAGAGGACCUACCAUGGUUGCUAAUACUCUCCAUGCUUGUGCCAUUCUUCUUAAGAGGAGUAAGGAUUGGGAUUGGUUUAUCAACCUCAGUGCUUCUGAUUAUCCUCUUGUCACUCAAGAUGAUCUUCUUUAUACGUUCAUGAAUUUAGAUCGAAACCUCAAUUUUCUCGAGCAUACGAGCCAGUUGGGGUGGAAAGAGGAUAAACGAGCAAUGCCGUUGAUCGUUGAUCCCGGUCUAUAUUUGAGGACCAAAUCCGACAUUUUUGGUGUCAAUCCAUCACGAACAUUGCCAACAGCGUUCAAGUUGUUUACUGGUUCGGCAUGGAUGGUUCUAUCUCGUGCAUUUGUGGAGUAUAUGAUUUGGGGUUGGGACAAUCUUCCAAGGACACUUCUAAUGUACUACAGUAAUUUCGUGUCGUCCCCGGAAGGUUAUUUUCACACCGUGAUCUGCAACGUACCGGAGUUCGCCGAUACGGCGGUGAACCACGACUUACACUACAUAUCAUGGGACACUCCGCCGAAACAGCAUCCACACAUACUUAGUAUCAACGACACAGAGAAGAUAAUGAGGAGCAAUGCGGCGUUUGCUCGGAAGUUCAGACAAGACGACGCGGUGUUGGAUAAGAUCGACAGGGAGUUGCUUGGUCGGAACAAAGGAGAUUUGACGCCUGGUGGUUGGUGCGGAGGGCAGCCCAAGUGUUCGACGGUGGGGGAUCCGAUGAAACUGAAGCCAGGGGAAGGAGCUCAACGGCUUCACCGUCUCAUAGCUAGACUUGUUUUGGCAGCUAAGUCCGGGGAAAACCAGUGUAAAUGAAUUUGUUACAAUUAAAAACACAAAACAAACCAAGAUUAGUGCCAAUAUUAAUUAGCAUAUUAUUAAUAUGCCUUUUCCCAA